UAGAUAAAUUUUUGAUCAUCCAUUUAUUUGAUCGACUCAAUAGAAUUGCUCUUGAAUCACCCAAAUUUGAACUAUAAAUCUGGGGUUAUUUAUACCAUAUACUUUAUUAUGUAGCAUUAAUACUCCUAUUACAGUUGAUCCAGAAUAUUUCAGAUCAAUAUCUGAUUUAUUUAAGGACUAAGAAACAUGACUGAAGAUGUAAUAUAUUGCAAGUUAAGGACUUAUAAAUAUUAUCUAUAUACUUAUUUUCUAAUAAACAUUAAAAUUGAAUUAUGUAAAGUUCAAAUUUCUAUUUUAGAAAAUUAGACACAUGAUGUCCGUUUAUUCCAUGCCCAUCAAAUACUAAAAAAUAAUGCAUAUAGGUUUUAUUAUUUAUGUUAGAUAAUUGCAUAAAAGAGUCUUAAUUUUAUUUUCUACUAUCUCCAAUAAGCAUUCCUUGUUUACUUCUAAUUGA